AUGUGGCCAGAACAGGCAGAUGUAUCUACAUGCUACCCACCUGAAACACCUGAAGAAGUUUUAACUACAGUUGUCAGUGAAGAAGCUACUGUUCCCAUAGAGGAUCCGCGAUUCACUGCACGAAGAUCUUGCCCUCGUCGAAUGAUUUCUGACAACGCCACUAACUUCAAAACUGGUUCUUCCUUGAUUCAGUCCUUGUAUGAUGACACUGACGUUCAGUCCACACUGACUAGGGAAAAUUGUAAAUGGACAUUCAUCACACCUAGGGCACCCCAUCAAGGAGGCUUCUAUGAGAGGAUGGUUGGCAGUGUGAAGUCAGCACUAAAGAAAGCUAUAUUCAAGAAGAGGAUUAAUUCUGACGAACUGAAUACCAUUGUCACUGAGAUAGAGCGUCGUAUUAACAAUAGACCUCUUACAUAUGUGGAUGCUACAUCUCCAGAUACCGUCGAUGCCCUUACCCCUUCUUACCUGUUGUAUGGCUACCGGUUAAACUUGUUACCCACUACCAUAGACCGGGACUACCUGAAUGACCCAGAUUUUGAGCUUGACCACAAACAAUGUAAUGAGAGAUUCAAGUUUGUAUCUCAGUUAAUACAUGCAUUCCAAGAACAGUGGGAGAAGGAAUACUUGCAGUCCCUGAGAGAUAGACACUAUUUCAACGGGGAUCCAACCCAACCGUUCCAACCAAGAUUAAAGUAG